UGAAGUGCACAAGACAUUCACCAUGAGAUCUACUCUGGUAAUUUUGGUUUUGUGUUUUUGCAGAAUUUGGUCAUCAAGUUUGGACGAUGAGCGUAUAAUCGAUGGAGCAAUUUCCAGCGACGGACAAUUUCCAUAUGCUGUGGCAUUUUACUACUUCCUAGAAGAUGGUAGACAUUUCUGCGGCGGUUCUCUUCUAGACGACAAAUCUGUUUUGACAGCUGCUCAUUGUCUUGAAGGAGGCACCCAGUUUGUUAUCCACCUGGGAAUUAAUAAGUUAGGCGAAGCUGAAGAUAGUGGUUUGGUGAUAAAUAGUACCAGUUACGUGAUACAUCCAGAUUAUAACGGAACAGUUCUAAACAAUGAUAUCGGAAUUCUUUAUUUAGAAACAACUAUUAGUUUUUCAGAUAAAAUCCAACCUGUUGAACUACCAACAGAAGCUCUUGGUCCCAAUGAAGAUGUUUUUGCUUUAGGGUGGGGAUCAGUUACCGAUGAACAACUUCUGCCUUCAAAUGAUCUUAGCCAUGUUUCUUUGACCACAAUUUCAAACGCUGUGUGCCGUAGAACUUACGGUGAUUUCAUUCAAAACAAUAUGGUAUGUUUGGUUGGAAUAGGGAACCAGGGAAUAUGUGACGGCGACAGUGGUAGUCCACUCAUACAAAUUGCUUUCGAUGGAAGAAACAUCCAAGUUGGUGUAGCAAGUUUCUUUGGUGGAUUAGGAUGCGAAACCGAGCACCCAUCAGGUUAUACGAGAACUUUCGAAUAUGUGGAAUGGAUUAGAAAUGUCAUAGCGCCAGAAUCAACUCCAGAACCUGAGCCAACUCUAGCGCCAGGGUCAGCUUCUAUCAUCACUUCACUUGUCUCUUCCGUAAUGUUAUUGCUGCUUGUCGUUUUAUAUUUGUAAUUAUGAGGUUAAUGCGGGUUUUAUUUAUAUCGAGUAUCCAAAAUGUGUAUUUUUUUAUUAAAUUGAUAAAGUGCC